AUGUCUGAUCAAGAUAUUCGCCCAAAUACAUACAGCCAACUGCGAAGUAUCCAUCAAAACUACAUCGAUUUAUAUAAUGCAUUGUAUCAGCUGAAAACGGAAAAUAAAGAAGAAUUAAACUCUAUUUACAGAAAUAUCAAAGCAGAAUUGAUUGAUUCCAUUAAAGACCUUCCCAAAAAUAUAAUCAAAAAUAUUUUAAAUAUCAUUCCGUAUAAUAAUCGCUAUGUAAAGUCAUAUUUAUCACUUGCUAAACUCAUAUAUGAUGAAUAUCAUGUCGAAGAGGUCAAUAAUAUUAAACUUACUUUGAACUUCCUGUUUUAUAAAGAAUAUGAAAUUGUAUUAAACAUUCCUGCUGAUUUCUCUAAAAUUAAUUCCGAAUAUCUAGAUAUUCAAUCAGAAAAUACAAUUUACAGAGCAAUUAUGUAUAAUGAUUUAGAACAAUUCAUAGUUUUCACGGAAAUUGAUGGAUUUAAUCAAAAUCAAAAAUUAAAAAGCAGUUUAUAUCCAAAAUCCGAUGAAGGAUAUUCAUUACUUGAAUUAUGUUGUUACCACGGAGCAGUUGAUUGUUUCAAGUUAUUAAGAUCGAAAUUUAACUCAGAAAUAACUCAAACAUGUCUAGAAUUAUCAUUUUUAGGAAAAAAUCCAGAGAUCAUGAGCGAAUGUUUGAAAUAUCAAAAGCCAGAUAAAGAAUGCAUGAGAUAUGCAAUUAUUUCACACAACAUUGAUUUUGUUUCAUUCUUGAUGAAUGAAUACAAUCUAAAUAUCAAUGUAAAAUGUUGUGGAAAAUAUAAAAAUCUUGAUUCAUUAUUAGUUUAUUUCGAUCAAACUAAUGAUUUUGAGCAAUGCUUUUAUUACUCGGUGAGAUUUAAUAUACCAUCUCUUUGUGAAUAUUUCCUUUCACAUGGUGCAAAUAUAAAUCAAAAAGAUACUCAUAGAAACACCGCUCUUCAUAUUGCAGCGAAAAAUAAUAGUAAAGAAACUGCCGAACUUCUUCUUUCAUAUGGUGCAAAUAUCGAAGCAACCACAGAAACCACUGAAUUUAUUAUGUUUCAUGGUGGAAAUUUCAAUUAUAGAAAUGCAUUUAGACAAACCGCUCUUCUAGUUGCAGCCCAAAAAAAUAGUAAAGAAACCGCCGAAGUUCUUAUUUCGCAUGGUGCAAAUAUCAAUUAUAAAGAUUCAUAUGGACACACCGCUCUUCUAAUUGCAGCAGAGCAUAAUAAUAAAGAAACUGCCGAAGUUCUUAUUUCACAUGGUGCAAAUAUCAAUGAAAAAAAUAAAGAUGGAGUAACCGCUCUUCAUAUUGCAGCAGAGAAUAAUAAUAAAGAAACUGCCGAACUUCUUCUUUCACAUGGUGCAAAUAUCAAUGAAAAAAUAAUUACGGAUCUACUGCUCUUCAUAAUGCAGCGUGGAAUAAUAAUAAAGAAAUAG